AUGCAUUACUUCUUAUCUACCAUUGCUGUUGGGUGGUUUAUAGCCCCAGCACCGGCACUUGCUCGCUCGAUUGGCAUCGGAUCGGGUAGCUCGACUCUAUGCGCCACAAACGGGCGCCAAGUCACCCACCAUGAUAGCAACAUCUGGCCUUGGCAGACCUAUCAGUCUUCCAACAUCACGCCACCGUACCUGACAAUUAAUCGUACCGGCGAGGAUCUAGCAUCGGGCCUGCUCUUCAUUGGUCAGGAAAAUGAUGGCAGCACAGGUGUGAAGCAAGUAUCGCCAUUCAUUCUGACGCAUGACAAUGAGCUUGUUUGGGGUGGGCCCGAGGGCGACUCUUCCAAUUUCCGACAGCAGUAUUGGGGUAAUCAGUCUGUGAUCACCUUCUGGAUUGGCACAGGCAAGGCCGCAUAUGGUGCCGAUGCUGGCCGAGGCUGGGGUAAGGUGCAGAUCUAUGAUGAUCAGUACCAACUGAUCAAGUCGGUGUGCCCUCGGCUGAACCUGACUAUGCCAACUGGCACAACGACCGAUUGUGAUGCGGAUGUGCACGAGUCUUUCAUCACCGAAGACAACACUAUCUUGGUGACGGCAUAUAAUACAACCCAAGCUGAUCUAACCUCCCUUGGCGGUCCGAAAGACGGGUGGGUGUAUGACUCUAUCGCAGUUGAGAUCGAUCUGGCUACGAAUGAGCCGGUCUUUAUUUGGAGCCCCUUGGCUCACUUGGACAUCAACUCAACCCAUGAAGAAUACUCCUCGUCUAGCCAGACUGCGCCCUUCGAUUGGUUCCAUAUCAACUCCGUUCAGAAGUGGAAUGAUCAUUAUUUGAUCAAUUCACGACACCUAUGGCGCACUUACCUUGUCAAUCGCCAAGGAGAGGUUGUUUGGUACAUUGACGGAGAGGACGGUGGGAGCUUUGAGAGCUUGCCAAACGACAUCACCUUCUCUUGGCAACAUAUGGCGCGUCUUCGCAACGUUUCAUCUACCCAGGCCCUUAUUAGCUGGUUUGCCAACGACCUUGACACAGCGACCAGCACGGUUCCUUCCAAGGGCCUCACGCUACGCCUUACACUUCCUCCAAGCCCAGAGCAUCCGCCUGAGUUGGUCACUAAUUUCUAUGAUCAUCAAUACCCAGUCUCAUCUGCUGCAGAGGGCUCGUUCUUCCCAUUGCCCAAUGGAAAUACCUUGAUGGGGUACGGCGAUGAGCCAUAUAUCAAGGAGUAUGGCCCCAAGGGAGAUGUGCGGUGGUCAGCUCAAUUUGCUGGAUAUGAUCUUGGUCAAAGCUAUCGCGUCUAUAAGCAACAGUGGCAGGCAACACCGUCAACCAGACCAAGUUUGGUGGUCACUAAAGCUGUUGCAAAUGAUGAUCUGAAACAAUGUGCGGGUAAAUCAUCCUCUCUGCGAGGAUAUGUCAGCUGGAAUGGUGCCACAGCCGUUGAAAAAUAUAGAGUCUACGCUGGUAUUGACUCCAGGUCUCUCCAAAUUCUGGGUGAUGUCGACAAGAAGGGUUUCGAGACAAAGUUUUCGCUUCCAAGUGGGAUCAAGGUUGUGAAGGUUGCAGCAAUUCAAGCGGGCAAGAUCAUUCGCAAGUCAGCAAUUGUGCGUGUUUGA